AAAUAUUAGUUACUAUAUCAUUAUUAUUACAUUUAGUAUGAGACAGUAAUAAUGAAUGUGGACUUGGAGAAGUCAGACAGUGAGGCUGACCCGCAGCCUCAGAAAACGAUUCGUGUCCCGACACGAAGGGGACCAGGACCUCCCAAUAAAUCAUUAGCUUUAAGACUUUGGGAGCUUCUGCAGCCUCUUGCUAGAUUAUGGGGACUUAUUACUGCAGUGGUGAUGAGCGGAGCCGGUUCUGAACUGCUUGUCCUUCAAUUCGAGGUUGCGCCGGCACUGCUGGUAGGUGCGGCGACCGUCCUCAUCCUUGAAACGAUGUGGGUAGCCGCUCUAUUCGUGGACUUACUGUGUCGACGCGGCGAAUAUACGAUGGGCCUUAGGUGUUGGGAUUUCAUGCGUUGGUCGUGCGGUCGAGCACGGGCGCCAUUUUACGCUUGCGUUGCUACAGCACUGCUAUUCGCCAAUCUAACUUUACUGUCGACAGUGGCAGGUGGGAUGCUAUUAGUAUUAGCAGCUUUACGUGCUGCGGUGCCGUUUUCGCCGUACGCGACCCACGGGCCUCAUUCGCCCAGAGCCGGUAGUUCACUGCUGAGCCAACACGACUCGCCACUUCCAGACGUGUUCUAUAACGCAGCGCAUACCGGCGAAGACAGGAGCGAAGAAAUGACCGUUCUCAGCAUUAAAACAACUGAAAGGUCCCGUUCGACAACUCCCAAACCUCCUCUUUUAGAACUCUGAUUACGAUUAUACAAUUAAUUUUGAUAUUAAUUCGUUAAAACAAACAAAAAAAA